UUCAAGAAGAGAUGAGAACUGGGGGAUAGGGUGAGUGAAUUGGUUUCAAAUUUCACUUGGUAAUAAAAAAGAAAAUGACAUAUUUUGAAUAAUUUUCAUACCAAAAUCACUACUUCAAAAUGUGUUGAAAUCUAUACCACUGUUGCACACACAUAUAAAUUUAAUUCUUUCUAUGUUGCAUUUUGUUUUUAGUUUUGCGUAUGUUUUAUUUCCCUUAGUAGAGUAUGAGUUCUUAGACAACAGGAAGCAUCUAUUAUAGUUUGUUAUGAGCUCACAGUGGCACUUACCCACGUAUGUGUAUCAGUCAGGGUCAAAACACAGGAUCAGAAACAGAAGAUCUGUUGUAAGGAUUUGACUUUAUGCAAUGGUGUUUGCUAGUUAAGCAGUUUCUGGAAGGCUGUUUCUUCUUUUCUAGUGCUGGAGAUUGAAGUGCACACAGGUGUUGGGAGGGAAAAUGGAUUUAAAGUGUGAGAACACCCACUGGAAUUCACAGGGGCAGACAGAAACUUUGCAGUUCUUGCUACUGUGGCCUUGGCAGUGGUUGUCUUUCCAGGCUCCUUCAUUAUGGAGCUGAAUGCACACUCUUGACCAGGAUGAGAGAAGUCGAUGGUUAAUCUGGGGGAACAAGCUGGCAGCUUUGUCUGAAGAGGUGACCAAGAAAAAUGGUUGCUGCUCUUAUUUGCCUCCAAAUAUCUCACUUAAAUCUCUCUUGUGGUCCAUGCUACCCACAAACCAGCAGUUAAGUGAAUUGCAUGAAAUACUGUUCUGCCUGGCCAAGGUGGUAUCUUACAAAGCCACUGUACCAAGUUCUCAAACAAAAGAAAUUCCAGACUUAGGUAAGGAGAAAUUUUAUUUAGAGGAUUAUUGCAAAAUGGGGGGAAAGGGCCUAUUGUAACAGGGAGAUUUGUCAGACCAUAAUAUCUAGAAACAUCUGAAAGUUAGAAAAGAGAAGAUCUUUUCUUUUAUAGAGAGAAGUGAGCAAGAGAGGGUGAUGGAGAGGAUACCCUCAUAAUAAGGAGAAACUUUCUGCAUGCCAGAACUCAGGUUGAGGCCUGAAGUACCCGCCAAGAUGUUUCCUUUGCAAAGCCCACAGAUGCUCCAGAUGCUAGAGAAGUCCUUAAGGAAGAGCCUCCCUGAGUCCUUAAAGGUCUACGGGACUGUCUUCCACAUCAACCAGGGGAAUCCCUUCCAGCUAAAGGCGCUGGUGGACAAAUGGCCAGAUUUUAAUACAGUAGUCGUGCGCCCUCAGGAGCAGGAGAUGAUAGAUGACCUUGAUCACUACACCAAUGCAUACCAAAUCUAUUCUAAGGAUCUCAAGAGCUGUCAAGAAUCCCUUGCCUUAUCAGAUGUCAUCAAUUGGAAACAACAUUUGCAGAUCCAAAGUUCACAGUCCAGCUUGGAUAAGGUGAUACAAAGUCUUGCAGCUGCUAAAUCAGUCCAGGUCAAGAAAACACAAUGCAUUCUCUACAUGAUGCCUCAGACAGCAAAGAAACUGGUGCCUUUCCUGCUGGAUACAAGGAACUUACGUUCUGAAUCCAGGGCACCCCGGGUCAUGAACCAAGAGAUGUUUAAACUCUCAUCGCUAGAUGUGACCCAUGCUGCCUUGGUGAAUAAAUUCUGGCAUUUUGGUGGCAAUGAGAGAAGCCAGAGAUUCAUUGAACGCUGUAUUCUGGCCUUCCCCAGCUCCUGUCUUCUGGGGCCUGAAGGGACCCCCGUGUCAUGGGCCCUAAUGGACCAGACAGGCGAGAUGAGAAUGGCAGCCACUGUGCCCGAGUACCGGGCCCAAGGCCUUGUCUCCUGUGUGAUAUCUACUCAGACCCAGGCUCAAGAGAAACUUGGCUUCCCCGUGUAUAACCACACAGACAGAGCCAACAAAGUCAUACAGAAAAUGAGUCAAAGUCUGCAUCAUGUCCCCAUGCCCUGUGACUGGAACCAGUGGAACUGUGUGCCUCUGUGAAGCCGGCCCCGCACACAAGAUAGUGUUGGGUGGUUGUGAUUCGGCUGGACAAGAGGAGAGAGAGAGAGAAAGAACAAAUGUGACCAGAGUAAAGGAGUGGACACUGCUGGGCUCUGGGGACCCAGCAGGACCACCAUGGUCCCUGCACUCAAAUUACCCUUCAGAUCCAGCAGGCCUGGUAUGGCCAGACCUCUCUGGCCUGGUUCAAUUUCCUGAACUCCUGAAUUUCAGCGACAACUUUCCCUUUUCUUUCUUUUUUUCCCCUGUGGUGCUGGGGAUUGAGCCCAGGGCCUCAUGUUCUAGGCAAGUUCUCCACCUCUGAGUUCCAUUCCCAGACCCUCAGUGACACUUAAUUCAGCAGCCCAAUGCCCCACUGCUUCUCCUUGGACUCCUGACCUGUCUCACAUGUGGACUGUUGCCAAUGGUCGGAUCCUGCCAGUUUUGCCAGGUUGUGCUGUCUGAAGAAGAGUAUGUUUUUUUUUUCCCCCCCUCUUCUUCUAUGACUCCUUUAUUUAGUGGCCAAAAUGCAUUCUUUCUCUUUAGUAGAUAUUUUGAAGUGAUUCUUUCAUGGGUUACUCUUUGAUCUCUGACAACCAUGUUAACUAGUAUAAAAACAAAUAUAUAAAAUGGGUGGAGACAGUAGCUGGGAGACUCAUUUUUCACAGUGUAUUUUAUUGUGUAUAUUUAAUGAUGGUUUGGAAUACACAUAGAUAAUAAGAUUUACUGUAGCCAAACAAAUUAACAGGAACAUCGUCUUGCAUAGUUACCUGUUUUCUGUGUGUGAGUGGCAAGAGCAACUAAAAUCCCAUUGAGCAUGAAUCUCACACAGUACAAUUUUAUUACUUAGAGUCUUCGGGCUGUACAUGAGACCUCUAGACCUAUUCACUCUACAAGUGUGCUAUUUUUUUUUUAUUCCUGACUUACAUCUCCUCUCCUUUCCCCACUUCUAGUAACCACUAUUUAUCUCUCUAUCUCCAUGUAUUUGACUUUUAUUUUAUGAUUCCACAUAUUCAAGCUGCAUAUAAUAUUUUUUUCUCUGGAUUCUUUCACUUAAUAUAAUGUCAUCUAGAUUCAUUCUUGUCAUGACAAAUGUUAGGAUCUUGUUCAUUUUUAAGACUGAAUAAUAUUCCAUUAUACAUAUACAUAUAUGUUUAUAUGUGUGCAUAUUAUAUAUACAUACAUACACACUGUAGUUUCUUUCUUCUAUUUGUAUAUCAGUGGACAUUUAGUAUUGCUUCUGUGUCUGGGACAUUGGGAAUAAUCCUGCAAUGAACAUGGAAGUGUAGAGUCUUUCUGAAGUGUGAUUAAAUUUCCUUUGAGUAUAUGGCCAAAAGAGGGAUUUCUGGGUCACAUGGUAAUUAUAUUUCUUUGAAAAUAUCCAUGCAAUUUUUCCAUAACAGUUAUACCAAUCUACAUUACAACUGCUAAAAGAAAACAUAGAGUUAACAUUCUAAUACAUUGGCACAGGCACCAACUUUCUUAACAAGACCCCUAAAACUAAAGGAAUAAAAUCAAGAAUCAGUAAGUAGGAUGGUAUCAAAUCAAAAUGCUUCUUUGCAGCAAAGAAAACAAUUAAAAAUAUGAAGAGAGACUACAGAAUGAAAGUCUUCGCCAGCUGUUCUUCCAACAGGGGAUUAAUAUCUAGAACAAAUUUGAAAAACUUACACACACACACAUACACACAUACACACAC